AAAAACAACAAAAGGUUGCAAUUUAGUUGAACUGUCCAAAUCUUACGGCAAAAUUUUCCACGGUUUUUAAUAAUUUUUCGUCAAUAGAAUCUAUUCUUUCUUAUUAUAUCAGUUACUUCUCAUCUUAAUCUGCUCAGUACUGUGCAUCUGUGAUAAAAGAUGAGUGACUUACAAAUGGAUUGUGCUUUAGAUCUUAUGAGGCGAUUGCCUCCACAACAAAUAGAAAAGAACCUAAUUGACUUGAUUGAUUUAGCACCAGCAUUAUGCGAGGAUUUGCUCACUUCUGUGGAUCAACCACUAAAAAUUGCCAAGGAUAGAGAAACUGGAAAAGACUAUUUAUUAUGUGAUUAUAAUCGAGAUGGUGAUUCAUACAGGUCGCCUUGGUCAAAUACUUACGAUCCACCUCUUGAAGAUGGCUCAAUGCCAUCCGAGAGACUAAGAAAGUUAGAAAUUGAAGCAAAUCAUGCAUUCGAUCAAUACCGUGAAAUGUAUUAUGAAGGUGGCGUUUCGUCUGCUUAUUUAUGGGAUCUUGAUCAUGGAUUUGCUGGUGUUAUAUUAAUCAAAAAGGCUGGCGAUGGAAACAAGAAGAUUAAAGGAUGUUGGGAUUCAAUUCAUGUUGUAGAAGUUCAAGAAAAGAGUUCUGGACGAACGGCACAUUACAAGCUCACAUCAACUGCAAUGCUUUGGCUGCAAACAAAUAAACAAGCUUCUGGAACAAUGAACUUGGGUGGAAGUUUGACUCGACAGAUCGAACAAGACAGUCCUGUAAGUGAGACAUCUCCACAUAUCGCAAAUAUUGGUCGCAUGAUUGAAGACAUGGAGAAUAAAAUUCGAAACACUCUCAAUGAGAUAUACUUUGGGAAGACAAAAGAUGUCGUAAAUGGUCUGCGCUCUGUUGAAAUUCUUGCUGACCAGAAACAGAAAGCAGCGAUGAAACAAGAUUUAGCAAAUGCAAUUAUGCGACGAAAUGUAAAAGCUGAGUGAAUACAUGCAAACUAUUGAAUGGACAUCCAUUCGUGCUUUUUUAUCCAGUAUGAUAAUGAACAAUUCAUUGAAUCGAUUAUUUUCUUUAAUAUUAUUUGUAUUUUUUUAAAAAUAUGAAAAGAGGAAGCAAAAGUCUCGCAGUCAUUUUAACCAUGUUGCGUUUAAUUCAUCUAUAAAGCACACAUUUUUUAAGACAACAUGUUAAUCAAAUUUAAAGUAAUUGCAAAGAUUAAGAAUUAAGCGCAAAGUUAUACAUGAUGGGGUAAAAUCGCGUCUAUACAUAACAUUAAUUUAGUUCUAUACGC